AUCAUGCAUGGUGCCGGCGCAAGAUAGACACGAACACUAAGGCAGCGGCGAAGCAACGCUAGCAGAGGAGAAGAAUGCGGAACUACGGGCAGUCGCUGUACAACCGGCAGAGCCCGGUGGCGCGGUGCGCCAACUUCGUGUGCGCGGUGCUGCUCACCCUGGUCCUCAUCGCCGGCGUCAUCCUCUUCGUGCUGUGGCUGAGCCUCCGGCCGCACCGGCCCAGGUUCUACCUCGCCGACUUCUCCAUCCCCAACGUUAACCGGCAGUCCAGCUCCGGCCUGGCCAACCUGCCGGUGCGCUUCACAGUCAACGAGCACAACCCCAACCAGAAGAUCGGCAUGUACUACGAUGAGGUCGUCGCGUCGGUGUUCUACGGCGACCAGCUCGUCGCGACGGGGUCCGUCAUGCACCCCUUCUACCAGGUGCCCAAGGGAGACACGCCCGUGCAGGGGACCCUCACCGCCAGGGGCCCCGUCCCGUCGGACCCGUCGUGGGGGCGGUUCGCCGGCGAGGUGUCGGCGGGGAGCGUCGGCAUGCGGCUGGAGCUCAGCUCCAAGCUGCAGUUCCAGGCGAAGAUGUGGGACAGCAAGAAUCACCACAUCAAGGUGGAGUGCGACUUCACUAUGCAAGGGGAUGGGACGCUCCGUAAGCAGGACAAGGACUCCCAGUGCACGCUCUACUUCUAGCGUGAUCGCCCUGCUUCUUGAAUUGGUGCAGGCUGACCCCUUUCAACUAACCUUGAUUUCAAGGUUGUAUUUACUGUGUGCUUUUUCCCUGCAUUUGGCUGAUGUUUGUGAUUGUUGUGGUGCCAUUAUUUGUAACACACGCGUGUCACUUCAAGAGAAUAUUUUCAAAAUCU